UGGGCUUGGUCUGUGGUUCGUUCCGUUUCCGCCCUGUCAUCCUGGCUUUUCUCCGGUCCUCGGGGCCCAAUUCCAGAAGAGGACAGCAAAACAAGUGAAAAUAGCACUAGAAUAACCGGCUACAGUUUAUUAGCUAAAAUCUGAAGUAAAAUCACAGCGCCAGAUCGGUGUACCGCGGAGACAAAUAGAGGAGGAGGGGCGGGGUUUCAGGAGUUUUACAUGAGACGAGAUAUUGCUUCCUAGUUAAGCUUACUGGUGUGUGUGUGUGUAGAUGUGUGACAGCGGUGUGUGUGAAGACAAGCCCCCCGCCCCCCCUGUCAGAAUGAACAGCCAAGGAGGCGGAGCCAAGGACUCCGUGUCAGGCAACUACAAUUCUCGGUCCCUUCCCUCUGUUCCUGAGAAACAGAAACGAAGUAAAAUGAUCUCCAUAUUUGCCUCCGAGAAAGGAGGCAGGAAGAAGGAUCGUGAUAAGGACAACAGACCAGAGAUCUCCUCUCCGUCAGACUUUGAACACACCAUCCAUGUGGGCUUCGACGCCGUCACAGGAGAGUUCACAGGCAUGCCGGAACAGUGGUCCAAACUGCUCCAGACGUCUAACAUCAGUAAAUCGGAGCAAAAGCAGAAUCCUCAGGCUGUUCUGGACAUUCUCAAGUUCUACGACUCCUCCACCGCAAAACAGAAAUACCUCUCCUUCUCAGAAAAAGAUGCACAGUCGCCUGGAAAGCAGGGUGCCACGUCCUCGCCAUCAGGCGGUAAGGACGGUGAUGAUGAUGAGGAUGAUGGAGACGAAGCGCCGCCCCCUAUUGUGGCACCACGGCCUGAGCACACCAAAUCAGUGUACACCAAGUCUGUCAUCGACCCACUUCCUCCGCUGCCAGAGCCUGACUCCGCCUCCAACAGGAACAAGAAGAAACAGCAGGGCAAGAUGACUGAUGAGGAAAUCAUGGAGAAACUACGAACCAUCGUCAGUAUUGGAGAUCCCAAGAAGAAGUACACACGCUAUGAGAAGAUCGGCCAGGGAGCGUCUGGUACUGUCUAUACAGCCAUCGAUGUUGCCACUGGUGCAGAGGUAGCUAUCAAACAGAUCAACCUCCAGAAACAGCCGAAGAAGGAGCUGAUCAUCAACGAGAUCCUGGUGAUGAAGGAGUUACAACAACCUAACAUCGUCAACUACGUAGACAGUUUCCUGGUUGGUGAGGAGUUGUUUGUGGUGAUGGAGUAUCUGGCUGGAGGUUCGCUCACGGACGUUGUCACGGAAACAUGCAUGGAUGAGGCUCAGAUCGCUGCUGUGUGCAGAGAGUGUCUGCAGGCUCUGGAGUUCCUCCAUGCCAACCAGGUGAUCCACAGAGACAUCAAGAGUGACAACGUGCUGCUGGGCAUGGACGGAUCUGUCAAGCUCACUGACUUUGGGUUCUGUGCCCAGAUCACUCCAGAGCAGAGUAAGAGGAGCACCAUGGUGGGGACUCCCUACUGGAUGGCUCCUGAGGUGGUGACCAGGAAGGCCUACGGACCCAAGGUGGACAUCUGGUCCCUGGGCAUCAUGGCUAUAGAGAUGGUGGAGGGAGAACCCCCUUACCUCAACGAGAACCCACUCAGGGCCCUCUACCUGAUAGCCACCAAUGGGACUCCAGAGCUCCAGUCUCCAGAGAAGUUAUCUCCAGUGUUCAGGUCCUUCCUGUCCCGCUGUCUGGAGAUGGAUGUAGAGAAGAGAGGAGGGGGGAAAGAACUACUGCAGCAUCCAUUCCUAAAGCUGGCCAAGCCUCUCUCCAGCCUCACCCCUCUCAUCCUGGCAGCCAAGGAGGCCAUGAAGAGUAACCGCUAACCCUGGUUAGCCACAGAUACACUGGAUUUCUAUAUCUCUCUGUUAGCCUGAGCGCUAACUGCUAACUACUAGCCUUACCAGCUAACUUCCAGCCCUACUGUACCAACUCAUCAGUGCCUCUCAGUAACUGACAGCAUCUCCUCCUUGAUGCUAAACACCAGCCUGCUAGCGCCCUGGCUUGUACACCUACAAGUCACACAAGUCGGCUUCCUGCUCUGUUUGACUCCCCUUCCCCUCUGUCCUUCACCCCUCACUCCAUAUCACACACCAGUCUUCCUAUGUCUCUCACCCCCUCCCUGUCUGUCCCUCACCCCUCACUCCAUAUCACACACCAGUCUUCCUAUGUCUCUCACCCCCUCCCUGUCUGUCCCUCACCCCUCACUCCAUAUCACACACCAGUCUUCCUAUGUCUCUCACCCCCUCCCUGUCUGUCCCUCACCCCUCACUCCAUAUCACACACCAGUCUUCCUAUGUAUCUUACCCCCUCCCUGUCUGUCCCUCACCCCCCCUCCUCAUCUGUCUCUCACCCCUCACUCCAUAUCACACACCAGUCUUCCUAUGUCUCUUACCCCCUCCCUGUCUGUCCCUCACUCCCCCUCCUCAUCUGUCCCUCACCCGCCCUCCAUUUUCCUCACCCUCUUUUUCAUUCAGAUGUUGUGAGGUUUUCCUGUUCUGUUUGUCUCUUUCUCUCUCUUUACUCUGACUAAGAAACUUAAAGGUGCAAUCUGUAAAAAUGAUUGUCCCACAAACAAAUAGUUCAUUUCAAUCCUACAGUAUCAGUGUUGCAGUACACCUGCAAAUAAAACUACAGAUUGCACCUUUAACAAAAUGAAAGAAAGUAAUUGCUGUAUUAUGGAACUAUCUCGGUAUUCAAUUCAAAUAUGUUGGCAGCAAAACCAAAUGACAUUUUUCAAAAUCGUUUUGUAUAUUAUGUACUUUGACAAAUGUUGAGGGGGAAAAAAUCGGGAUACUUGGAGAACUGUAUUUUAACGUGUAUGAAUACUUUUCAUUAUGUGUUUUGUGACUAACAUUCUGAUAGAAACCUUCCAUAACGGUGUGCCUUAAUGAACACAACAUCUAGGCUCUAUGGGGUGAAUCCUAACUUUCACUUCAUUAAGUUGAAUUGUCACAUAGUCUCCCAUUGACAUCAACGCAUGACUACGAGAAAACGGGACGUAAGUGGAAGUUAGGAUUUGCUCCUAUGAUUGGCCAAUCAAAAAGCAUUCCACCGUUCUAGACUAGUUCCAUUCCAUUUCACAGACAUUCCAGUCAGAGAGGUUGAUUGGUUGAGUCUGAUGAUGUUGAUGAUUUUAAUAAGUAUCCCCUUCUGUUGUUCAUUUUUAAUUAAUGAAACCAAACUUUUUUUUUUUUUUACAGGAAACCAUGUAUUUUCAAACAGUCUAUGUAAAUUAUUAUUAAAGAUAGACUUGAACUAA